CGCUAAUUUUACCCGCCCUGCCCGCUUGCAAGUUGCCCGUGCUCACGACAACAACAACGAACGACGACGACGAGAACGAAGAUAAUAAACUGGCACACAGCCAGCGAGAAGGCCCAUCCAUACGCUCCAUAUCUAUCUCUCUGGACAGGCCAUGUGUGUUUCUACCGAGCACAUAUCUGUAAGAGGAAACAACACACGCGACUGCAACAUGUCCCCGAUAUCCCCCAGCAGCUGCCGUGCAGUUGUUUAUCACACACCCACCCCUCCCCGUCUAUCUACUGCUACUAGCUCUGCUGAUCCAUCCUCCUCACCCAUGUUGACUUCCUCACUUCCCCCACUCUUCAAAGCAUCCCACGACAACGACAACAUCUUCCUUCAAUCGCCUUUCAGGUCUCCUCACCCAGCACAUACUCUAUACCCACAUCAUCGUACUCAUAAACAACCAUCCCUGCCCAUCGGCGUAGAUGACGACGACGAGGGCAGCAUAUUUCUUUCCUCGUCAUCCGCAGCUCCCUCUCCGUUCUUCCCCGCUCCGUCCUCUCACUCUCUUCGCACACCCGUCAGAGACGCCCCUGCCAUCUCUCGUUCCAUCCUCAAGACAAGGGCUCUCAACGCCCAACCUGCUGCAUCCACAUCGCAACCCUCUGCCCUCCGAGCCGGUCUUGGUACGAAACGGAAAUCCUCAGGCCAGCUUGGAGGGUUCUCGACUCCUCCACGGCAACCUGUCUCAACACCGUUGUCCAUAUCUGCAGCAAAGGCUGAUCCCGCAUCCGGCAUUGCCUUCCAUCGCCUCGCCCCGCUCGCCGCUCCCCGUUUCGGUAUCCGCACGCCGCAGUCCAAAGCAGAGACGGAUGCUUACGUCAAGAACCAGGCAGAGACGAUGAAACGUCUCCGCAUCCGGGACAUGGACAACUCAGACGAAGACUGGGGCGUCAUCGAAUCCGGUGACUCGGACUCCGGGUGUGACGAUCCAGGUACACGGAAAAAUCUGUUUUCAAACAGACUUCGGACACUGGCACAGAGAACAAAAUCCCAGUCGACGAGCCCUAAAAAGCAGCUGCUCGUCGACGCAGUCCCUCAAAAAGGCAACGCAAGGGACGAGGUGACUGAGGCAAUAUCGCCCGGUGGCCACAUCAUCAAGCGUCGUGCCCGCUCACGACCUGUGUCGCAAGAACUCUUAGAGAGUGUGCACCACUCUUCGUCUCCGCCCACUUCAGCUCAGCCUGUCAAGUUGCGCUCUACUCCACCCAAGCCACCACCCGUUGCCUUUCCUUCCGUCGGGAGAAACAGACUCUCCACUGCUAUUUCUCCAACAUGCGGCUCUCCACGGGCACGGCGACGUGUCACUGGAAGCAGUGGACCAAGCUCCCUCCAUAAACCAAGGGCUUCGGACACGCUAACCUCACGUGUCCCCGCCAGUCGACUGACGAGUGGCAGUUCAGCUUCCCUUUUUUUUGGUCCUUCUAUUCCCCAGACCAAGACUCGCACGCGUACGAGUACGACCGCAACAAAUUCAGCCAGCGCAGCUGCCGACGCACGACUCCGAGUACAGCACGUCCAGCCCUCUAUGUCCAACAGACACAGCUAUGCUGGUCCAGGAAGUACAACAAUGACUCCCCUUCCCUGGAAGCUGCGAUCCACUCGUCAUGAUCCUUCUCCCGAAUCUUCGCCAUUACCGCUUCCGAAAAGUCCCCCUCGUGCUGUGGAAGACGACGAUGACGAUAUGUUCUUCGAGCCAUGCGGACCCCCAGAAUCCUCUUUCGUCUUUAGCGUCACAGAGGACACGCCUUCACCUAGGUCUAAAAAGGGUAGGGAGAUGCUUCCAUCGAAGUACAAACCGCGUGACUCGGGCGUCGCAUUGAGUGACGACGAGGGCUUGUCUCAUUCUGGAAACGCCUUUCUUUCUGCAAUGCCCCGUCCUUCAACGUCUGCUUCUUCACUUUACUCAGACGCUGGCGACGACCUCAUCACUCCUAUCAUGCCGAAUUCCAGUUCAGGUUGGCCAAAUGCGGUCGUCAUUGGUGGGCUCGAGGACAACGAUCACAACUACGAUGGUCUCGAUGUGGAUGCUUUCAUUAUGCGAACUCUUGCUGCUGGUCACAAGCCAUCCACUGAGGAACCAAAGCGCCCCCCAGGAACCCCCGUCAAGAAGGCAAAAACCAGUUAUUUUGGGGGUAAUCGACCGUGGCAGAGCGCCGUAGCCAACAAGGUCGGUUUCAACUUUGAAUUUGAGACAGACCCAAGCGGCCACUCGACUAGAGGUGGUGGCGGUUGUAAGUCAAAGAACAAGCCCAGGAAGAGUCUCCCGGCUGCGUUUCCGCAUCUCGGUGACAGUGGUCUUGUAGGGAUAGAAGGCAAGGUGGUGCUGAACGUAUCGGAUUCAGAGGACGACGAAGACAAUAAUAGCCCGAGUUCGCGGAAGGAACACCAGUACGGCGGUCUUGGGUUGGGUCGACCGCCUGCGGCUGACCAGGGCCCUUUUGGCGCUGUCUCGCGGACACGAUGGCUCAUGCGGAGAAGUAGUAGUGGGGCAUUCUCGAGCGGUAGUGAGACAUCUGUCGGCACGCCCACACGACGUACUAAGGACUGGCCACUGCCUCCGCGGCCUACUCUGCAAGGUCACCUUCCAGUUCCAUCAGGCAAGAUUGAGUCGAGACCGUCGUCGAAUAGCGCUUCAACUUCCCCGACGCAUUCGCGAUGCAGGACACAGUCACUCGCGAAGCGAGUCGUGUCGCCACUUGUUAAGACUGCCGACGAUAGUGUGGGGACGGGCAAGACGGGUCGUUUUGAGUGGGAUUUUGUGGAGCUGGAUGAGAUCGGCAGUGGUGAAUUUGGCAAGGUCAUGAAGGUUCGUGCCAAGAACGGACCUGAGAACCAGGUAUGGGCGGUUAAGAAAUCUAAGCCAUUUGAGGGGCCACGACACCGGUUGCGAUUACGUGAAGAAGUGGAUAUCUUGCAGCAUCUCUCACAGGCAGCGGCGACUGACCCUCAGAGUUACGCUAACGUGUUGGCGUAUAUUGAUAGCUGGGAAGAGGAUGACAUCCUGUUUAUACAGACAGAACUAUGCGAGCUGGGAAAUUUUGCUCGCUUCCUGUGGGAGUACGGAAGGGCAUUUCAGCGUCUGGACGAGGCCAGAGUGUGGAAGAUAUUUGCGGAUCUAAGCAAUGGUCUUCGUUUUAUUCACAACGCGGGUGUAAUUCAUCUUGAUAUCAAGCCAGCCAAUGUUUUUCUGACAGGGGAGGGACGGUUCAAGAUUGGAGAUUUUGGGAUGGCAUCGUUAUGGCCACGACGGACAGGGGGAAGCCCCUUGGGAGUUGGCGUUGGGGGAUUUGAAAGGGAAGGAGAUAAAGUGUAUUUGGCACGGGAGGUGUUGCAGGGGACAUAUGGCAAAGCUGCUGAUAUAUUCAGCUUUGGGAUGAUGAUGCUCGAGACGGCGACAAACAUUGUCGUGCCUGAUCAGGGCGAAGGGUGGCAUCGACUUCGACAAGAAGAUUUCAGUCAGGUUGACCUGAGCGGUUUGAGUGCGGAGUUGAUAGGGUUGAUCAAGAGCAUGAUGCGAAUGGAUCCCGGGAAGCGAGUAGACGUGGAGAUGGUGUACGAUCAUCCCGUUGUUGCGCGGGCGCGGACGGCGAUGGCACGAGGACACGCAGAGGCGCUGGCGAGGGGGGAGUCGACCUUUGUUGCCUCACCCUUGGCUGGUGCCAGGGAAGGUUUCUUGGAGGAGAUCUUGCUGGGCGAGGCGAUGGACAUGUCAUAAAUUGUUCUUUGCUUUUCUUUUCUUUUUUCUUUUUUCUGUUUUUCUGUAGGGAUUUUUGCUUGGUAUAUUUUUAAAUGAUUAUUUUUUUGGAUAGGCUGUCCGCGG